UUUUUUAUGAUCUUCUGGACAUAUAAAAGCAAAAUCGGUCCAAAGUUGAUCAUCAUUCGAGUGUGGGUUCAUAGAUCUCAAGCCGUCAAACAUGAAGGUUCUCGCUAUUCUAAUCCUAGCCGUGAGCUCAGCGUCGGCCCGGGGCUCCGGACCUUACCUCCCCAGCGGCUGGCGGCCAGACGGGCCCGCCUUCUUUCUGCCUGGUGAAGGAACAACGAAAACAUCUGACAAUCCUCUGAAAGAAACUCUCUUCCAAGAAACAGAGGCUUCCGGCUCAGAUUUCCUCCGAGAGUACGGACCCCCGAAGGUCCAAGAGGUGUCGCAAGAUAUAACUCAGCAGGGUUUACCUGAUGUGGCUACGGAACAGUCCUUCGUUGUUAUUGGAGCUAAGAUCACUCAAGAAGUCGAAGAUGAAGUCAAAACUGGAGAAGUGACAGAAACAGAGGCGGUCGUUGUUGCUGAAGAACAAACUAAAAAUGAAGAAGUGACAACCGAAGCACAAAUUAACGUUGAAGAGGGAACUACAGAACAGUCCAACGAAGAAUUAAUUCAAGGAAGAGCCAUUAAACUGGAGAUAGAAGCUUCCGUUGCCGACACCACCGAAGAUUUCGUUGAAGCUGCUGUUGUGACAGAAAGUGGUUUAAUAAAACAAGAAAUCAGUGAGGCAGAGGCGAAAGUAGAAAAAAAUAUCGUAAGCAAUGUUGUGAAAGAUGUAGCGGAAGCGCUAACUGACGUCGAACAGAAUGUGAACAUUCUUGAGGAAGUUAAGAAUGUUGCGCAAGGAAUAGUCAAGAUCGAAAGCGAGAUUGCUCAGGAACAAGCUGUCGAAGGUUCUGGAGUUAGAAGCGUACAGAUAACCGAUUCCAUAGAGCAUGCACCGGAAGGUUUCUUGGAGUACGGGCCCCCAGGCUUCAGGGAAUAUGGACCACCUAAAGGAGAUGAGGUUUUAAGAUCAUCUGCUGUACAAGAAGAAUCCGAAUCUCAAAAGGUAGAAAGCAACGAGACAAGAAGAAGACGAUUCUCCCCAAAAUUUAAGUCUACCAAGAAACAUUAGCAAAAUGAUGACGUUGGAAUGAAAAGAAGGACUACUGAAAACUACGUAUGGCAAACUUUGAGUAUUGUGAUGCGUAUGGUAUCAAGGAAAUGUCCAAAAGACAUUUUAGGCAUGAACUGUAGUAACAUAAGAUAUUCUAUGUAAACUUGGUUGGAGCAAAUGUUAAACUAUUUAAAAUUAAUAAACUAUAGAUCAGUAUAUAAAA